AUGAGUAACUAUCAACGUCGUCUUGUACCAGGUUCCUCGCCUUCUGAGGAUGACCAUGAGGAACGCUACCAUGAACAUGACACUGAGAAUGGUAGUCCACCCGCCGAGGAAGGGAAGGGUUCUGCCGCAAAACGAACAGCAGACGAACUCUCCUACCACCGCGACCUCCUCUCAGAUCUCUUCAAGCUGGUCCGCGAAGCAAAUGAACAAGACGCCCUGCAUCUCCUAACAAUAAUCCGCCACAAUGCCCCCGCAGAUGAAAUCCGCGCUUAUAUAAACGAAACACUCGCCUCAAUCACCUCGUCCACAUCCGCCACAUCUGCAGCCGUCAAACAGGAAACUGUUGCAAAGCUGGAAGAUAUGCGCCAGCUCAUCAAUGUCGAGGGGACCGGUCCCACUUUCAGAAGAAAGGUUAUGGAUAUCCAUUACCUGUGUGACUCGGCGCCUUGUGAAGUGCCUGCGGCGCCGUGGACGAAGGUCACCGCUGAUGCGGAUCUGGUGUCGCAUCUGGUGUCGUUGUAUUUUGCGUGGGAUUGGCCGUUUAGUGCGGUUUUGGAUAAGGAGGUUUUUCUUAGGCAUAUGGCCAGGGGUGUCUUGGGGUCUGAGUUUUGUAGCCCGUUUUUGGUUAAUGCGGUGCUCAGUAAUGCUUGUUACUUCUCUGAAUUCUCCGAGGCUUAUGUUGUUCCCGGUGAUAUCUCUUCGAAAGGGAGCGAUUUCCUUGCUGAGGCAGAGAGGUUGAGGGGUGAGGAGAGUUCCCAGCCUAGUUUGGCGGGUUUGCAGGGGACAUUGUUGAUGUAUGAGAGAUAUGCAAUGUCCCGCGAAGACGAUCUGGGCUAUAUCAUGCUGCACGAGGCCAUCCGAAUGGGCGAGGCACUGGGUUUGGUCGGCAGCACAGGACCCAGGAUGGCUUCAGGUUGGUUAUCUCAUGACAUGGACAUUUCAUGCAAGCGCACAGCCUGGGGUCUUUUCAACGUCGACACAAUGGUCCACACAUCCUUCCUUCGCCCAAGUCUCAUCGACCACGUCAACAUGGCCCGUCUUGAUAUCAACCAGCCCGAAGACAAAGCCCUCUGGCACCCAUACCCAACCCACCGCGACCCGCGCCCGUCAUUCUUCAGUCAGUACUUCGACGAAGCAUGCAAUCUGUCGACAAUUGCGCGCGAUAUCUCGCGCAGCAUGUUCGCAGAUCACAGGAGCAAACCCGCCCUCGGCCCAAUUCACCGCCAGAGCCGUGAGGAUCUCUACGACCGGAUUCGUCGCUGGCAUGAUCUUCUCCCGGAGGAUUUCGAUGUGCGAUACAGACCAGCUCCGCAUAUCAUCUUACUGAAAAUGCGCUACCACGCCCUCAUCAUCAACCUCUUCAGCUGCAUCUCCGAAGACGAAGUCCCGCCCAUACAGUUCGAGCCCAAAACACCCGAAAGCCCGCCGCGUCAUACCCCGGAAAGAAAAUACAACGCGCAGGAAGUAACGCAGAGCGCCGCGCGAGGCAUCGCUGUGCUAACCCGUCUGCACAGACGUGAGUUCGGGAUUAGUCGGGUGCACCAAUUCGCGAUGUACGCGAUCAAUCUGGCGCUGUUUACGAUGCUCGAGCAGGAGUCGUUUGAUGUGCUGGAUGAAGAUUUCCUCACUCUUGCGAGUGCAUUCUCUGUUGUUGCGAGUCGAUCUGCACUGGGCAGGAAUCUGUUUCAUAUUUUCCGGCAGUCGGUUCGGGCCAAGGCGCAGGGGUAUCGGAUUCGGGAGGCGAGUUCUGUGCCUGAUGAGUUGAAGGAACUGUUUGAUGAGGAGUCGAAGGCGAGGGGGUGUAAUCGGUAUGAUGAGUACGCCGAUGGGCUUGAAAAGUUGAAUCAAAAUGAUAAAUACCAUGGGAUUGGAGAGGGAGAUGGAAAAUUGCAGGAUUAUCCUGGUCUUGGGCUUUCGGAUAUGUUGGAUCGCCCAUUGGUAGUAAAUGGUGGGAACAACUUCGACCAGGUUGAUAGAGAAGAUCGACUGGAUGAGAUUCUGUCUGACGUCAAAUCGGCAUUUCAUCGAGACUCCACCAAAGUGGCAAUUUUAAAUGUUGCAUCUGUACCUCAGCCAUAUCCUACACCUAUCCCCAACUCCCCAAUUCAAGCCCAGGGCUUCCAGUAUAUGUCUACCCCAUCAGUCUAUGGAGGGAAUACCGCGCCAAAGGUAGCCAUCCCACGUCUAGCUGGUUCCGACGCCUUGUUACAUGGGCGGCGACGGUCAGCGCGGGCCUGUGAGCCCUGUCGCCAGCGCAAGAUCAAAUGUGAUGGUAUCCGGCCGUUGUGUGGACAGUGUGUUUAUCAUAGUCACACCUGCUCCUACGAAGACGUCAAACGAGUGCGUGACCAGAAACGACUAGGUUCCUUAGUCAAGCGAGUGGAUACAUACGAAGCCCUCCUUCGAGAAUUAGAAGCCGAAGCGGACCACCCCACAGCUCGAAAGAUUAAGAAAGCAUUGAAGUCCAAAAGUGCGAAAUCUAGAAAUAAUGUCGACUACUCCGAUGAUUCCUCGACUUCCAUGGGCUCACUCGAUGCUAUCGACCAGGUUGACGAAGAUUUGGACUGGAAUGAAGACACCCGUGCUGCGGGAUUCUUUGGCAAGAAUUCAGAGGUCAAUUGGAUUCGCAAACUGGAGAGCGGCGUUGGUAUGAAGAGUCUGCAGGAACAUCUGUCGAAUACUUUCCACGAGAGUCGGCGUGAUUCAAUGUCUAUUCAACAACGGCAGCAGUCAUUGGAAAAGCAAAUUCCCACGUCCAUGAUGGAUUAUCACCUCGACAGCUUGGAUAUCCCGUUGAUUGAACCAUGCGACCCAUUAGCUCUGCCUCUGCGGGAAUCGGCAGACAGAUACCUCGACGCCUACCUGAUCAACGUCCAUCCGACAUUCAGCGCAAUUCGGAAGAUGACUUUUAUUUCCCAGUAUCAGCAAUUUUUCAACAAUGCAUCGACACCACCACGGAAAUGGCUGGCCAUUCUCAACAUGAUCUUUGCUAUUGGUUGUCGCUACUGUCGACUUAUAGAUGACCCCCAAAGUACCGGCGAGGAAGACCUGAUAUACCUGACCCGGGCGCGCCAUCUCGGUCUGCAUAGCAAUGUGUUAUUCGAGCACACCGACCUCCAGCAGAUCCAACUCGAGCUCCUCGUAGCAGUCUACUUGCUUUGCCUAGGCCAGGUCAACCGAGCAUCCAAAUUCUCCAACAUGGCCCUCCGCUCCUCCUUAUCCCUCGGCAUCAACCUUCGCCUAACAGACGACCGCACCAAAGACGCCGCCAAAGAAACCCGCGGCCGCCUCUGGUGGUCCAUCUACUCCCUCGAACACCUCCUAACCUCAAUGACCGGCCGCGCCUCCUGUGUCGGCGAAGGCCUCUGCUCCGUCCCCACACCCCUCCCCUACGAAGAGGAAACUUUUGACCAACCCGACGCCAAGCGUCUCCUCCAAGAUCCUGCCCUCCGCGAAGCCCAACUUCGCUCCACCCUCUUCGAAUCCUCGAGUCAACACCACUCCCCCUCAUGGGUGACCACCUGCUCUCCCUGUCCAUCUCUAUUCUUCAACUUCCUCGUCGAUCUAACCCUCAUAACCCACGCCCUCAUGAACAAAGUCUACAGCAUCGAAGGCCUCCGGAGAGGCCCCAGUCAAGUAGAAUACCACGUCCAAAAAUUUGGCCUCCAAAUGAACCGCUGGCUCUCAAAACUUCCUUCCUUCUACCAAUUCACCAUCCCGGACGCCGGUCCCUGGCAUCUAAACCACAACCAACUAGAUGACCUCUCCUCGCCCUUCGUUCGCGAACGCGUCUGUCUAGCAAUGAACUACUACUCCUCCCGCAUCACCCUCUGCAGACCAUGUCUAAGCCACAUCCACCAAACCCCCCGUCACACAUCCCACACAGAUGAAAUCACCGUACGCGCAAAGCUCCGCACCGAAAUGGCAACACACUGUCUGCAAGCUUCUUGUGCACUUAUCUCCAUCCUCCCCGAGGAACCAAAUAUGGCGUGGCUAGCCCGCGCCGCGCCCUGGUGGAGCAUCCUUCAUUUCCUCAUGCAGGCGACUACCGCUCUAUUAUUGGGUUUAUCGUACUGCUCUGAAGCGCGUACGUCCAACAGUCCGGACCGCGCGAAUCCACUCCUCAGCCCUACCACGUCGUCACAGACGGGGCCCUACGCACUACUGUUAGAGACGGAUUUAAGUACAGCGAUUGGAGCGACGAAGAAGGCGCUCGCUUGGCUUUAUACUACUGCUUCUGUGGACCCUGCGGCGCGUAGGGCGUUUCUGCUUUGUGAUGGGAUUGUUAGGAAGAUUGCACCUGGAUUGGGGAUUGAUUUGAGUGAAUGGCCUGAUGGUAGUUCUUUUGGGGGGAUGGACGAGAGGUGGACGGGGUCUAGUGGGAAUUGGAUCUGGAAUGGGAAUGGGGAUAGUAGUGGAAGCAAUGGACAUGAUAGUGGGAUGGAGGUGUUUGAGGAGUUGGUUGAUUUUGAAGGUGGUGUUUUCUAG